AUGGAUAAUCUUACUCCAGAGCCAGCUGAUAUGAACGAAGACGACAAUUUCUCCAGUCAGGCCCUCGCGAAAGAUGCCGAGAAGUUGAAAAUGAUGUUGCUUGCAUGGAAUUACCACAGCCAAACGCAAGGCCGCAAUGGUGAUAUAACAGAGAGUGGCCCAGACAGUAUGGCGGAUCUAUGGGCCUCCUAUCACAGCGCGUUGGGCCUCGGCAGUAAACCACCUAAACCACCUACUCCCCUGGCAACCGGACACUCGAGUCCGAUUCAUGUUGGCUCAGCUUCAUCAGGAGUAGAACCCGCAUCAACUCAUGAUGAGACGUCAUCUUCUGAUCGUACUAAGGAUGAUGACGACGGUGGCGCGUCUGAUGAUGACAGCGAUGACAGAGUUGAUCCGCAACAUCACGACCCGGAACGACUGAAAGCUUUUAAUAUGUUUGUACGGCUCUUCGUAGAUGAAAACCUAGACAGGAUAGUGCCUAUAUCCAAACAGCCUAAAGAGAAGAUCCAAGCUAUCAUAGACUCUUGCACGAGACAGUUUCCGGAGUUUGCGGAACGUGCUCGCAAAAGAAUUAGGACGUAUCUGAAAAGUUGCAGAAGGAACAAGAAGGUUCGGGGUGACGGGCCGACUACCGGCAACGGAAGCAGUGCGCCGGGUACUGGCAAUGCGUGGGAUUCAGCGGUGCGGCCGACGCCGGCACACCUGACAUCUGUACAAGCGGAACAUAUCCUCGCGCAGGCGUGCGAGAACGAGAGUCUCAACGCUAAGCGUAUGCGACUUGGUUUGGACCCUGUUAGUCAGCCAAUGCCCACUGUACCUACACCCAUGGCUAUAGACACAACGGCGCCGUCAGUCGUGGGCAGCUCGUUCCUGGGCCUGUACAGCGGCGCCAUCAGCAGCCCAGCGGCCGCCAGCCCCGCGCCCGCCCCCGCCCCCGCGCACAAGGCCGACAACGCGCGUCCCGCCCCGCCCGCACCCAGCCCCGACGCGCACGCGCACCUCAACAACAAUACGCUCAAGCUCGACAACGCCAACGGCACUGCCGGCAGCAAGACCGCCAGCCCGGCAUCGUCUCCUGCUCCUCUGUUUCGGCCUUCAUUUCCGAGCACAUUUGGAACACCGCAGCCAUUUGGAAGGCAAAAUACUAGCUCAAAUUCGGCGUCGGCUCUAUCAAGUAGCGCAUUACUAUCGACACUGACAUCAUUGCCGCCAACAGGUGUUGGUGUGAAUGCAGCAAUGGCUGCGUACCAAAGUGCGUUAUUGUCAGCUAUGGCGGCACAUACGCAUACAUUCCCAACCAGCCUAUCUGCACCAACAGAUCUGUCAUUGAAGAAUACACCACCGACUCCGACAUCACUUCAUGCUACUUCCACUGUAUCUUCUCUCGCUGGCUCUGGAAGUACAGCCUCAUCCACCACAAAAACUCCUUUGUUAUCUCACAAGCUAUCAGGUGCAGAAGUUGGAGCGGUCAGACAACUCAUUACUGGAUAUCGUGAGUCGGCUGCAUUCCUUCUUCGCUCAGCUGAUGAGUUAGAAGCCCUUCUUUUAAAUCAACCCUAGGAUUCAACCAAAUCCAACUUAUCAGAUAUGCUCGGAUUCAAGUUUGGAUACUUCUAAAUUGUGGACUUGUUUUUAAUAGUGCACGCCAACCGGAUCUAUGUGUGCGCAGAAAGUUGAACUUUGGAAUUAUUAAAAAUGUUAAGUGUGGUGGACAUAAAUUUUAAUGUAUUUGGAUGAUAUUCUAAUUAUGAGUGAUAUACAAAAGCAUCAAGGCAGGAUGUUUUAUACUGCUUUAUAUAAAAAUUCCGUAAUAUGCUCGAAAAAGUUAAACAAUUUAUUGUUUCAUGCAAUUAUGAUUAAGACAAAACUUAGCAAAAUAAGGGUCUCUUAUGAAAAGAUGCCAAUUCAAUGUUACGUUAGUUUAAUGUUCUUUUAGAAGUACAAAUAAACAUUUCUUAAUUUUUCAUUGCAAAAGUUUCAUCAAUACACUUUGCUUGUUGUUCUAAUAAUGCGAUACUGUAGAGUUAAAUAUCACAUUUUAUAGUUAUUGUGUCUUUAUUUUUUAACAAAUAAAUUAACUAUAAACUGGGAACACUUCACUCGUGUAUCUAGAUGUAUGGUGCUUGUUUCUUCACAGCUUAGUGUUGCCAAUUUGUAGAUUUCUAUUUAAAAAGAUCCUUGUCCAGCUUUAGAAAAUAGGUAAUUACGAGUUAUAUUUUCUCUACUCGUGAGUCCACUAUGUCUAUUUCGGCGAACGUACAAAGGUGUCAUAAUUAAUUAUUAAUAAAAAUACGUGUUGCCAUUCAAAACUCGUUGGAAGAGUACAAAAUUAUUUUUGUGUAUAUUUAGAUUUAAGGAAGAAAAUCAGGGAGAUUUUAGUGUUAGGUUGAAAAUUCGAUUUCUUGCCUGGUGCGAAAAAAAUCUAGGUGAUAUUUAUAAAUGGAUGUUUCAUUGAAACGUGCUUUUGACAGCAGGUCAUAGGUAAACCUAUCUUCGCGUUUUAAAGUAUUAAAAUAAGAAUUACACUGUUUCACUGUCACGUCAAAGAAUCUAAUAUCCGAUUCUUGUGUGGCGUUUUAGAUUAUAAGAAGCACGAAUUUAUUUGUUGUUUUGUACUAUAUUAAUAGUGCUGUAGUUGUACUUACAUGAUUAAUAUAUUUCUAUUCUAAUUUAUUUCUUCUAAAUCAAAAUAAAUAUUUUUUCGCGUUUGUUUCCAUCCAAAUCAAUAUUUUGUCUACCUUCUGUACUUUAUAAGCAAUUAGAUUAUUUUUAUAUCUAUAUUUGGUUUUGCUCAUUACAAGAGACGUUUCGUUGUUCUCGUGUAUAUCUAUUUGUUACCAUAGAUUUUAUGGCCAAGUACUAUAGCUAGGUAUAGUUAGUGUUACUGCUUUACGAUGUACAAAAUAAGAUUAAAUUCCCUGUAAUAAUUGAAACAUUAUUUUUAAAGUUUCUAUUUGAGGCCUACGUUUCUAUAAGCGAAAUUUCAAUAAAUUUACCUCGUAAUGUUACAAUCACUGUUUAAUUAUGUUAAAUAGUUAACUAGAUUAGUUUGUUUUAUAUCUGGCCAGUGUUAGUCGAUGUUUUCGAUUUACGCAACUACUAUAGUUUUCGAUCGAUAAGUUAUAAAACAAUAUAUUUAAAUAGAAAAUAAACAAAGGACAUAAACGCUUAAUUUGUUGCUUCUAAUUUUAUUGCUUCAUUAUUUUGAACCAUUAUGGAUGAGUUCCAUAAAAUCAGUCGGAAUCGUAAUGUGUUAAUAUUUUCGACCAAUAAUGGCGUAUGUAGCUGUGCUAUAAUGGUACAAUAUUAAUGAAGUCCGCAAUUGUGACGUAUGAUAGUUUACUGUUUGCCAUUUUCUCAAUAGGGUAUAUGCUUCAUGCCAGUUUUUAAAAAUAAAAUUGUAAAUCCACUUUUGAAUAUGAAAAUUGCCAAAGAGAAAAAUUGAUUUUAUGUAUGUAAGUACGUGGAAUUGCUGAUUUUAUAUUUUUUUUAUGGAUUCGUAUGGGAUUAUUGUUUUACAUAAGUUAAGAUUAGUUUUAUCUAAAAAAGUCAUUCCAAUAUUUUUCUAAAGAACAUCAUCGGUGCGAUAGGAAAUGCAGUAGUCAUUGUAAAUGGAAAAUAUGUAAAAAGUAUGUUUAGAAUAUUAUAAAAAGUUGAUUAGAAAUAUGUGAAAGUUGAUGUUGGGUAAAACGAAAAAAAACGACAAUGGUGGUAAAAACGUUGAGAAAAUGAAUUUGUUAGACAUUAAAGUAUAUUAUUAUUAUUAGAAAUGUAUAAAUGGUUUACAAUUAUUAUUAUUAUUAGUUUGAGAUAAUAACAAAAAUGGAGUAAAAAAUAAAGAAAAACAUAAAAGGCGAUUGUUACUAUUAACGAUAUGAGAAUUUAGUUAUAAUUUUGCAAUUUCAAAAUGUG